AUGAAGAACCCCUCAUUCACGUCCUGUUCAAAGAAACAGCAGCACGAGCACUCCAUCGACUCGGCGAUCGACGCGCCACGCACUCGGGACUCAGGGGUCGCGCUUUACGACGUCUCAGCGUGCGCGGCCCCGGCUCUUCUACCCGGUUGGUUAGCGCGCACGGCCGCGGGGCGGGUCACGCAGGAGCGCAAGCAGCGGUGCUGCGCUGUGCUCUUGUUUGUGUUUAAUCACACGUUUUGCAAACGAGGCGCCCGUGUUGCUGCGAGUCCGGGGCAGAGGCUGCAGCCUGACCAACCGACGAGGACAGCUCGAAACACGGGUCGCGUCACUAAAACCAAGGACGGCCACGAGGUACGGACGUGCAAAGUGGCUGACAAGACUGGCAGCAUCAGCAUGUCUGUGUGGGACGAGGUGGGGGCGCUGAUCCAGACUGGAGAUAUCCUCCUCCUCACCAUGGGGUAUGCCGCUGUGUUUAAAGGAUGCCUGACCCUGUACACUGGGAGAGGGGGGGAGCUGCAGAAGAUCGGAGAGUUUUGCAUGGUCUACUCGGAAGUGCCGAAUUUCAGCGAACCCAACCCAGAGUACCUGCCCCGGACAAACCAGAUGGUGUCGAGUGGCCAGAGUGGAUCAUCUCACGAGAACAAUGGAUCUGCACGCGUGAAUACAGCAGCCGAGACAUCCAGUGAGAACGGAGUCGCCGCCCCAGCGCCAGGAAGCUCCACCAAUCCGCAGCAAGGAGGCAGUAACAGUGGGCGAGGGGCGUCUAAUCACCAGACAGCAGCUCCCUCGGGGGCGGGUCCAGCGCUCAGUAAUGGGAAGGAGACCCGCCGCACUGCUAAAAGAUGAUUGGUUCUGGGGCACGCCACUCCCCCUCUCUCACCUUCCCCCCCCAUCCCUUAUAGGGGUUUCAGGGACCCCCGAACACUCACCAGCUGUGUGUGUGAGAGAACUCAUCUCCUUCCCUCAGUGGGAAGGUGCCCCCCUGACCUCAGGAACUCAUUUCAGUACCCCAGAAGUGCAUUGUCAGUUCAGUGUUUGAAUGCUUGCUAAUGAUCUUCAGCACAGAGUAACUCCCCUUGAGAAUUUGGAACAGGGUUUUAAAUUCACGCUCUACUGUGCAAGAACAUCCACGCCUCCGUCUUUGCGCCCACUGUUGCUGCGGGAACUGGCUUCUAUCCCAUAAUACGCAGGUGUCAAAACUCCCAGAGUCAUUUUCUUCAUUUUUUUUUUUUUUUUUGUGAGAAAAUAUUUCAACAGAAAGUUCACCCGGAAACAAAAGUCCAGAUUUUAUCAAAGUAUGUUUCCAAAUUCAAGCUAUUUAUCUACAUUACGAUUUUGAAAAUCUUUUUUUUUUUUGAAAUUUUGAAAAGGUUAUUUGUAAAACACACAGGUGCAUUAUAAAUUACAUCUGUAAUUCGCUCUGACGCCAGCAGAGGGCUCUGGCUUGUAAACUGUGUUAACCAUGUGUUUUGUUUUUUUAAAUAAAAUAACAAUUUUUAAAAACGUA